AUGGAGUCGUCGUCGUCGUUUGAGCAGCGGCGCCAGGAGAUUCUCGCGAAAAAGGCCAAGCUCGCCGAGCUGAAGAGGCAGCGCGAGCUGAGGCGAGAACAGGGCUCUGGCCGCCAGUCCAUGACUGCGAGCCCUCUGGGCGAAGUCUUGUCACCCACACCGCGCCGCAGCCAGGACCUUGAUCGCCGCGCCGACGUCGACAGCCUCAUCAACAACAUCCUCGGCGACCGCCGCCCUGCCUCCACACAGCCUGGCUCGCCCGCCGUGCGCGCAACACGGCCAACCUCUGUCGUCAGCGCCAGCCAGCUCAGCAGCGACAAUGAACCCGCCUCGCCCGCGCAGUCACGCAUGGUCGACGGAGAGACACAGACCAUCUCCCUUGGGCCCCUGGCCACCGUCUACGAAUCUGCCGGCGACGGCCAGGUCACCGCCGAAGCCAACACGCAGAAGGAGGUCAUCACCUACAGCAAGGGCGUGCAAGCAAGCAUAGACUGGAGCCCACCGAAAUCACGAGGCGCCGGCGGAAGCGACACAGAGCGUGACGAGAGCCCGACGCGGUCACCAAGAAGCAACAGGCUGGGCCGGAGACAGAAGGAGAAGGAUGAGGAGAUUCGCAACCAGCUCCGGAGGGAGAUCGAGGACGAGAUCAAGGCUGCACAACAAGCGCCUCAGGAUGGCACCCUCGCGAGCUCAGACAACAACUACCCGUUCAAGACACUCACCAACGAGGAGCUGACUGCAGUCGAGAACUCGGAUGAUUUUAUCGGCUUCGUAGAAAGGAGCACAAAGGUCCUGGAGCGUGCGCUCGACCAGCAGCUUGGAUACGACAUUCUGGCCGACUAUGCCCUAGACGGAAUAGACAUUGACGACGAAGACGAGGGCUACGGGGCGAAUGCAGGCAAGAAAGGCAGGCGCAUAAAAGAAGUCGCGCAGUUCUGGGACGAAAGAUGGAGCAAGAAGAGGAUGAUCUCGGACCUGGGGUUCUCUACAAAGUUCCCCGAACUCGUCCUUGCCUCUUACACAAAGAACCCCUCCGCUCCACACGACCCAGACGGUCUGAUUCAAGUAUGGAACAUGCACAUGCACGACCGCCCCGAGUACAUAUUCCACGCCCAGUCCGACAUCCUCACCGCAAAGUUCUCACCAUUCCACCCAAAUCUCAUCAUCGGCGGUGCAUAUUCAGGCCAGGUGCUACUAUGGGACACCCGCGCCAAGUCUGCUCCUGUACAGAAGACACCUCUGACUGGAUCUGGCCACACACAUCCCGUCUACUCGAUAGGCAUUGUUGGAACACAAAACGCCAACAACAUCAUCUCGUGCUCGACAGAUGGUGUAGUGUGUAGCUGGACAGUGGACAUGCUCACUCAACCGCAGGAAUUCCUCGAGCUUACCUCCCCUCCGCCAGCAAAGACAGAAGACAUGGCAGUGACGUGCGUUGCGUUCCCACAGUCAGACCCGACCUACUUCCUCGCUGGCACAGAGGAAGGCUCCAUCUACCCAUGCCACCGCUACGAUCGCGCAGGCGCGAAGGCAGGUGUCGAUGGGCGAGUCAUGUACUCCGGCCAUGCUGCGCCAGUCAUGAGCCUAGACUUCCACCCUUCAAAAGGCCAAAUCGACCUGGGCGAUCUUGUUCUGUCUUCAAGUGUGGACUGGAGCGUCAAGCUGUGGAAGGUUCGUCCUCCAGCCGCUACCGGUUCUGGAAACACUACGCUCCCGGGUUCCACUCAGCAAGUCACGCCCGUUCUUGACAUUGCGCGCGAAGAUCUCGUCUACGACGUACGUUGGUCACCAGUCAAGCCUUCCGUAUUCGCGCUCGUAGACGGUGCAGGUAGUCUUGAGGUCUGGGACAUCAACGUCGAUACGGAGGUCCCUGUCCAGUCCGUCAAGCCGAGCGAUAACAAGAGGGGCGCCUUUGCAAACAUGCCGACAGGCAUGGGCUACAUGAACCGCAGUCUAAACAAGGUUGCCUGGGAAAGCAACGAAGGUCGCCGUGUGGCUGUCGGCGGCAUGGACGGUGUCGUGACCGUAUUCGAAGUUAAUCAGGAUCUGGGUGGCGUUGAGACAAGGAACGAGGAGUGGAGCGGCGUGAAGAAGCUGGUGAAUCGAUUGGAGGGUUACGGUGAAGGUGUCAAUGGCAGGUAG